AUGAGUGAGAAAGUAAAGACUGCUGAUGUGUGUGUGCAAGUUAUUAAAAAGAGAGGAAAGCCCAAAGAAAUUCAAACCCAAUUGUCAUUCAUGAAAUGUAAUAGCGUAGCAACGCAAUGUGGCGAAGAGAAAGGAAGCUACCAACGCAAGAAAUGUGAUAGAAUUGGGCAAUGGACAUAUGACAAACUUAAAGAGGAAGUCCUUUCAAGCAAGAGAUGUGUAGUAAGACGGUUGUGCGCCCUCAGUGUGAUAUUGCGAUGAAAUUGGUCGAAUGUGAGCAUUGGUUAGAUGGUUGUAAAUGGGAAUGUAGGAAACAGGUAAACACUAACAGGCACAAGGUUGAGUUGUCUAUUAGGAAUGAGAGUUGAUUUGAAGAAAGUAAUUUAACAUUGGAAGAAAUUAUGAAAUUGACAUACUGGUGGUGUAGAGGAGUUGAACAGGAAACAAUGAGGUUUGAGGUCCAUGUUAGCGGGAAUACAGUUGUUAAUUGGGAUAGUUUUUGUAGGGAAAUUUGUGAGGUGAAUUAUUUAGAGUGCAAGGAAAAGGUUGGUGGUUCAGAUAAGAGAGUGGAAAUUGACGAGAGUAAAUUUGGGAAACGAAAAUAUCACAGAGGGAAUAGGGUAGAAGGGCAGUGGGUGUUUGGCAGUAUUGUUUGCAGUUGAUGACAGAAGUGAGGUGAUGCUGUUGCCAAAACCAUAAUAUCGAAGCUCGAGAAACAUGGUUACAAGCAUCUGACUGUUAACCACUCGAAGGAAUUCGUGAAUAAGGAUGGCGAUCACACUAAUAAAAUAUGAUUAUGCAUGUUUUUUUGAGAACGGGGAAUACAGUAUAGUAGUGAUAUUAUGUGUGUUUUUUGAGAACGGGGAAUACAGUGUAGUAGUGAUAUUAUGCGUGUUUUUAUUGAGAAGGAGCAAUAUACUUUAGUAGUGAUCUCUUGCAUGUUGUUUGAGAACGAGGAAUACACUAUAUAGUAGUGAUAUUUUGCAUGUUUUUAUUGGGAAUGAACAAUACACUAUAAUAGUGAAAUUAUGUGUGAUUUUUUGAGAACGAGAAAUACACUAUAAUAGUGAUACUUUGAAUAAAAUGCAUACAACUAAAAUAUAGCUUUGUUGUAAAAACAAAACGAAUAUUAGACUCUGAAGAAUGAGGAAUGCAAUUUGUUUGUGAUUAAAAUUCAUACAAUUGACGUCUUUAUAAUAUAUCUUUAUUAAUUGCUAAAACAAAGUUUAUGUAACAGUGUGGAUUCUGAAGAACGAGGAAUACAAUAUAUUUACAAAAAAAUUUGUUUAAAUAGAUAAAGACCGUACGUCCUUAUAAUAAUUACGUAAUUGUGUUCACUUCGUAUCAUCAUAUCACUAAAAAUAGAUAGCUUGCCCAGUUUUGAUAAAUAACGGGAAUUUAUAAUAAUUACAGUUUUUAAUUUCACUUUGUAUCAUCAUAUAAUGAAAAAAAUACCUUGCCCAGUCCUAAUAAAGAUGUGACUUAUAAUAAUGACGUCAUUAUUUUCACUUUGUAUCAUUGUAUCACUGAAAAAUCUACCUUGCCUACUCUUUUUAUAAUAACACGCCACUUAAAUGAUUAUAUAAUUACUUUUAAUAAAUAACGUAAAUUUAUAAUAAUUACGUUUUUUAAUUUCACUUCGUAUCACGGAAAAAAUACCUUGCCCAGACCUAAUAUUAAAGACGCGACUUAUAAUAAUGACGUCAUUAUUUUCACUUUGUAUCAUUGUAUCACGAAAACAAAAUAGUUACAAAAGUGGACAGGUAUUCUAUAAUCUAGGCUUGACAUGUUUGGGUUAGUAUUUUGAAAAGAUGUUUUGGAAGAAAAAUAUGUCUUGAACAAUACUGGUUGACCCUUAAAUUAUAACUAGUGUCAUGUAAAUCACAGAAAAUUGAAAAAAAUCUGUUCCAUACACAAUAUUCCGGAUUCUACAAGGUCCCGAAUGGGGCUUAUUUCAAUGUUGAAUCUGCUUACCUGGAAAAACUUGAAUAAGUCAAGAAUUUGACUAUGCUCAUCAUCCAAAACCAGGUUUUUCUAAUUGCUUUUUCACCUGGGUUUGUGGCAGUACCAGUUAGGCGACCAUGAAAAAUGUGUGUGGCACUUUUUUUGGACACUGAAGAUCCCAGGUAAAAUCUUAUUAAGAUUCUUGGUAAGUUUCUUACUAAGAUCUUAUCCUUAUUCUUUGUUAAGAAUCUUACAAGAUCCUUACAAAUCUUGGUCAAGAAUCUUUCAAGAUCGUACAAGAUCUUGCAAGAAUCUUAGAAACAACUUACAAGAUCUUGAGUAUCUUUCAACAAGAGCUUGAGUCAAGAAUUUACAAGAUCGUACAAGAUCUUGCAUGAAUCUUAAGUAAAAACUUGCAAGAUCUUGAGCAUCGUAUAAGAUCUUGAGUCAAGAAUCUGUGAAAAUCGUACAAGAUCUUGCAUGAAUCUUAAGUAGAAACCUACAAUAUCUUGAGGAUCUUAUAAGAUCUGGCGUGAUCUUGAGUCAAGAAUCGUAAAAAGAUCUUGCAAGAAUCUAAAGAAAGAACUUACAAGAUGUUAUGAAUACGUUUUUUUUUUCAGAUUCUUGUUCCAUUUCUUAUCAAUAUCCCAUCUGAAUGGUCAGAAAAUGUGACACCUUCGUUUUUAACUGAUGAAGAUUUUAAAUUACUAAAUUAA